AGGAUCUGCCGGGACUUUGCCCGCCAUGGCAAGUGCCGCUGUCAAAACUGCCGCUUCUCUCACCACGUCAAUGCCCCCAAGAACAACCAGAACGAACAGGCGACUCGCGUGCCGGGGACCAAGCCCGCGUUGUCGGUGGACGAGGUCGACUUCCGCGACUGGAAACGCCACGUUCCCGCAAAGCCUCAGCGCGUCGGCCCUCUGGGGAGCCAGCUGGGUCCCUUUUUCCGAGAGGCACGCCGGCUCCUCGAUCACGACGUCGGCGUCUUUCAGGAGGUCAUCCGCGCCCUGUCCACCGAGGGAGGCUUGAAGCGAGUCCACGAACUGAUCGAGGGCCUUCGGGAUGCCUGGCCCGCGCCCCUGAAGCUGAGCGUCUUCGCCGAUCGCGUCCAGCCGUUCUUGAGCAUCAUCACCCACCCGGAAGCGCUGGCCUCCCUCAUCCUCGAGCAGGCCGUGGGCACCAUCUAUACCUUCCUGUAUGGGCUCUCCGGAACGCGAGCGAUCACCCUGCUCGGAUUCCUCGCCGGCGUCCUCGACGCUCACAAAGAAAUGGAACAAGGCGCGGGGUCCACCGUCGGCCAUCUGGAAACCACACUGUUGGUCUUCUGGCAGAUCAUCGAGCUGAACUCGACGGCGUUUGCCAACGAGGCUCUGGUCCCGAUAGCGGAGGCGUUCAAGGCCCUGGUGGUGGAGUGCCAGGAGUCCCAGGCGCAGUCCACCCUGUACAAUGUCCAGUUGCAUCUGGAACGGAUCAUGCGUCGACUCAAGAUCGGCGAUGCCCUCCCGACCACCAUUUCAGCACCCGGAAAGGCCACCGACCGCCUGGACAGAGCCCCGGCAUUGUUCAACAUCAAUCGUAACCCCCCGGGCGGGCGUCACGACAACGACUCGGCGAACAUCUGCGACAUUCGGAUCCUGCCAACCUCCCAGGAGAUCCUGUCCCCGCAUGCAGAGUAUCUCCCCGUGAAGGAUCCGGAGCAAUGGCACAUCGCGGGGGUCCCAGGUCUGCUCGACCGAAAUUUCCGACUCUUGCGAGAGGACACUGUCGGCCAGCUUCGAGACGCGAUCCACGCCAUGCUGAGACCAGCGAGCGACCGGGAGGGGAAAAGCAAUCAAGUCCGCACGUAUACCUACCCCAACGUGACGGUGGCCAACCUCGCCUUCAGUCGGCACACCGGGCUGCAGUUUGUCGCGCAGUUUCGCCAACCGCCACAGGUGCAGCGGAUGAAUGAGCGACAGCGGGAGGAAUGGUGGCAACUGUCCAAGCGACUGCAGGGGGGUGCCCUCGUGUGCCUCGUCGAUCCAAGUGGCGAUGUUCUCUUCUGUACGGCGGCCGACCCACCGCGGUUGAAGCCUGGCGAAGAACGCCCCAAGGACCUGCCGUCCCUCUGCAAAAAUAAAGACAUCGCUACCGUUGCCUGUGAGCUAAUCGAACCCAGCGACGAGGAGGUGCAAUAUAUCUUGGACCGGUAUCGGCCACGCGUCACAUUCCCCCCCGUGACCUUGGUCGAGUUCCCUGGCAUCAUCCUCCCGGCGUUUGCUCCAACGUUGAGGGCCCUCCAACACAUGUCGCGAAGCGAUAAUAUCCCGUUCUCAGCCUUCUUGGCGCCAGUGAGCCCAUCCGAUGCAAACCCAGUGGUUGAUGUGCCGCCCCCCGCGUAUGCAGUCAAGCCCGGCUUCAGCUUCGACCUGAGCUGCUUGAUGAACGACCAGAAAUACCUGCAGUUUCAACCGGGCCAGGCACUGGAUAUCAAGACGCUUCAGGCCCAUUCAACCUUGGAUAAUGCCCAGGCCAUGGCGAUGGUGCACACUCUGCAACGUAGUAUCGGUCUGAUCCAAGGGCCACCGGGCACCGGGAAAAGCUUUACGGGGGUUGCCCUCAUCAAAGUGCUGUUGGCAAAUGGGGCCAAAGAAAAGGCGGAUCUCGGACCCAUCAUCUGUGUGUGCUACACUAACCACGCCCUCGACCAGCUGUUGGAAGACCUGCUGAAACAGAAUGUCACCAACCAGAUUGUCCGGAUUGGAUCUCGUUGCAAAUCGGAGCUGGUUGAAGGAUACAGCCUGCGCAAGUUGGUGAACGCGCCCUCCAGAACCAAGGCCGAGAAGCACUCGCUGUGGGAACUCUCGAGCGAUCUGAAAGACUGUCAGGACCAGUUUGAUAACCUGAGGUUGCAGACCGAAGGAUUGGAUGCAAACCUGCAAUGGUUCCUCCGCAGCUACCAUAUACAGCAUUAUGCCCAGCUGUUUGGCGAUGAUGGGGACGACGGGACAUACAUACCCGCGCAGAAGGCCAAGCGAAACGUAUUUCAAUCCUGGGUCAAGGCCGGUCGCAAAUCCAAAGCCGACCCCCGGCCCAUCGAGACGCUUUUUGAGACCCAACUAGAGCACAUGACGGCUGGCGAGCGGCAGCGGAUCUACCAGCAUUGGCUGGAGACAAAUCGAGCCAAGUUGCACGACGAGGUGCAAAGCAUCGUCGCAGACCAGCAGAAGACAAAGAAGCGAUAUGAUAAUGUCCGCAAUGAGCUAGAUCUACGGUGUCUUUGCGAAGCACAGGUCAUCGGAGUCACCACAUCGGGUCUCGCCCGGAACCUGAAGAUGUUGAAACGGCUACGAUCAAAGGUCCUGCUAUGCGAGGAAGCUGGUGAGGUGUUGGAAGCUCACAUUCUGACGGCCCUCCUGCCCUCAGUGGAGCAUGCCAUCCUCAUCGGUGAUCACAUGCAGCUUCGCCCACAGAUUCAGGAUUAUGACCUCUCGCGCGAGAAUCAUCGAGGAGGAGAGCAGUACUCCCUGGACAAGUCACUGUUCGAGCGCCUGGUCGACCCCAACGAUGAGUCCAGUGUGCAAGUUCCAUUCAGCACCCUGGAAACCCAGCGUCGAAUGCACCCCUCGAUCGCUCGCCUGAUCAAAGACACAUUAUAUCCUCGCCUAGAGGACGCACCGUCUGUCCAGGACUACCCCGAGGUCUGUGGGAUGCGCCGGAGGCUGUUUUGGCUGGAUCAUCAGCACGGCGAAGGUAACGUGUCGGACGCGGACGCCCUGGGAACGUCUCAUUGGAACGGAUUCGAGGUUGAGAUGACCACGGCCCUGGUGACCCAUCUGCUUCGCCAGGGAUCGUAUAAGGACGGUGAUAUUGCCGUCCUGACGCCCUACCUGGGACAGCUCCACCGACUUCGACAACGGCUCAGCCAAUCUGUCACCAUUGUGGUCGGAGACAAAGACCAGGACGACCUGGCAAAUGCGGGGCUGGAGAACGACGCUGACAAAGAGAAAACGCCCAUCGCAAAGACUGAUGCCCUUCAGACCGUCCGCGCGGCGACUAUCGACAAUUUUCAAGGCGAGGAGGCCAAGGUGGUGGUGAUCUCCCUGGUGAGGAGUAAUACCCAACGGCGGUGCGGGUUUCUCCGGACGUCUAAUCGAAUCAAUGUCCUUCUAUCACGCGCUAAACAUGGCAUGUAUAUCAUCGGCAAUUCAGCCACGGCGGGCGACGUGGCGAUGUGGCGGCAGGUGGUUGACAUUUUGAAGGAGAACGACAACUUCGGGGCCCGACUCGAGCUCCAAUGCCCGCGUCAUCUUGGCCUACCGAUCUGGGUCUCACAGCCCGAUCACUUCGCACAGUACUCGCCGGAAGGAGGCUGCAACAAGCGCUGCGUCAAUCGCUUGCGCUGCGGCCAUGCAUGCAAGCAAAAAUGCCAUUCUACACUGUUGCAUGAUGCCGUUUAUUGUCAGGAGUUAUGCCCGAGACCGCAGAAGGGAUGCAAGCAUAUAUGCCCCAAGCUCUGCGGCGAUCCAUGUCCCCAACGGUGCCAAGUGAAGGUCUUCGAGGCUGGUCGAACACUGAAGUGUGGACAUGCCGCCGAACGGCUUCUCUGCUGGCAAGCCCAAGAUCCCUCGGUCGUUUUGUGCCCGGUUCCUGUGGCGAAGACAGUGCCAGGGUGCAACCAUUUGGUCACGGUUCCCUGCCACGUCGAUGUUAGUCGUUCCACGUUCAAAUGCAAGACUCCUUGUGGAAAGAAUCGUCCUUGUGGUCAUAUCUGCAAGGGCCUGUGUUGCAGCUGCUGCAUCCGCGACGAGAAUAGCGAGGUCAUCAUGUUCAGUCACGGUCCAUGCCGACAACCCUGCGGACGGAACUAUUCGACAUGCACCCACAUCUGUAGCAAAGUCUGUCAUCCCUCGGAGCAAUGCCCUCCAUGUGGUGCCCCAUGCAAUGUCCAAUGCGGCCACUCCAUAUGCCCCAAGAAAUGCUGCGAACCUUGUGCCCCCUGUGCUGAGGAUAAAUGUCUGUCAUGCUGCCCCCACAGUCAGUGUACCUUGCCAUGUGCAGCGCCGUGUGACAAUGUUCCCUGCUCUCGACGCUGCGAGAAAGUCCUGGAGUGCGGGCAUCGCUGCCCCUCCGUGUGUGGAGAGAUCUGUCCCACCAAGAUAUUUUGCCAACUCUGUGCCACGCCGGAAGUUCAGGAACAUGUGGUCGAUUACAUUCUGUCACAGGCCUAUCGGGAAAUCGACCUGGACAAGAACCCGUGCAUCUUUCCUCGCUGCGGUCAUUUCCUUACCAUGGAAAGCAUGGACGGCCAGAUGGAUAUGAAGAGGCACUACGAGCUCGAUGCAGAGGGCAGGCCGGCCGCGAUCGCAUUAUCGUCAGAGCCAUUCGCCACGGAUGUCAAGCGAUGUGGCACUUGUCGAGGCUCGCUGAGGGAUGUCUCCCGAUAUGGCCGUCUGGUCCGUCGGGCACUCUUGGACGAGGCCACGAAGAAGUUCAUUGUCUACAUCAACAGCGAGUAUGUGCCCAUGGCUCAGGAGCUUUCCAAGCGGUUGUCUGAGAUGCGAAAAGUCGAAGCAAUUCCGUACUGUCUGGUAGUUGGACAGAACUCUACGUUCCGCAUUGAAAAUUCUCGUGAGAAGCAGAUCACGCUCCUAGCUGGCGUGAUGAAGAGGACUAGCCCGAUCCGCUGGCGAGAACUGAUCAAAUUGCGAGAUCAGAUGGUGAGAUAUUACGACCGAGUCAAAAUCGAAGAGCAACCUUUCAGUCGCGUCCAAGCCCUAGUGGAGCGCGCACAACAACUCAAGGAGGGCCGCGGAAAGUUUGAAUUCAGCGAAAGUGUCUUGCAGACCAAGGGAAUCCUUCUUGCCACGGCCCUGCUAAUCCGGUUGGACAAUGCUCUGCUCAGUGACUUCAUCUCUCUGUACAUGAAGUCCAAGACCAGUGCUUCCAAGUUCACACUGAUUGUGAACCUGCAGGCCAACCGAGAGGAGUGCAGGGCCUUCAUCGGCAUCGCCACGGAUUUGAAACGGGUUCUUCACCAGGUCGAAGGCUACAUUUUCCUGGCGCAACUCUGUGCACUACAGCGACCGUAUGCCCGGGGAGCGGAGGCCGAGAACUGUCGGGUUGAUGGGCAAUCUGCUGUUGCUUCGGCUCGAGACUUGUGUCACCAGUAUCCGGGCCAGACCAACGGGCUAUUGAAGGAGGUUGACGGGGCGGAGGCCAUGCUGAAGGGCUCAACUUUCUACACGGUAGUCUCCAACGAAGAACGGAUGGCCGUUGUCGCUGCCAUGGCCCGUGAGUUCCUGGGCACUGGACAUUGGUACUACUGCGCCAACGGCCAUCCCUUCACAAUCGGCGAGUGCGGCGGAGCGGUGCAGGAGUCGACAUGUCCCGAGUGCGGCGCGCCAGUUGGUGGACAGGGACAUGUCACCGUCGAGGGUGUGACGCGUGCGGAUGAUUUGGAGCGCGGACUGGAACAUCUCGCUCUGCGAUGGUAA